AUGGCCCCCGAGGCAGGUGCGCCGCAGGGGUUUACGUGUCCCCAAACACCCAAAGUGCGGAAAGCGCUCUUGAGCGCGGGGAUCCCAACCCUGGCUCUCCCCAAUUCCCGCGCGUCGCUGCAGUGGAACCCGCCUCCCUUCCCACCGGGGCUGCUCGUAGCAGGGAUUAGGAGCAAGGGACUGGGCGCCCCACUCACCAGCGUCCACCAGCCAAGCGCAGCGCCCCCGGGCUCCAGCGAGCGUGACCUUCCGGAAACCGCCCUUGCCCAACGCGGCUGGAGGGCUACGUACUGGGUGCUGGAGCUGGCGCAGUCUCCUGCAGAAGCGCCCCGAAACAGCUUAGGUGCCCUCGAAGCCUUCCAAGCCUACCUCCUGCUGUGUGUUGAUCUACCUGCAGCGGGAGAUGGGGCGGGGGGAGACACAUGUCUAUGCCCAGCCUCAGGUGCCAAGCCCAAGCUAAGUGGCUUCAAGGGAGGAGGGCUGGACAACAAGUACGUGCAGCUCAAUAUAGUUGGCUCCCUGUACUACACCAUGGUGCGGGCACUCACCCGGCGUGACAAUCUCAAGGCCAUGUUCAGUGGGCGCAUGGAGGUGCUGAUCGACAAAGAAGGCUGGAUCCCCAUAAACCGAUGUGGAAAGCACUUUGGCACCAUUUUGAAUUACCUCCGAGAUGACCCUAUUACCCUCCCUCAAAACCGGCAAGAAAUCAAAGAAUUGAUGGCUGAAGAAAAAUAUUACCUCAUUCAGGGCCUGGUGAACAUGUGCCAGACUGCCCUGCAGGACAAGAAGGACUCCUACCAGCCUGUGUCCAACAUCCCCAUCAUCACAUCCCUGAGGGAGGAGGACAGGCUCAUCAAAUCUUCCACCAAGCCCAUGGUGAAGCUGCUGUCCAAUAGAAGCAACAACAAGUAUUCCUACACCAGCAACUCUGAUGACCACCUGCUGAAAAACAUACAGCUGUUUGACAAGCUGUCCUUGCGCUUCAAUGGCCGCGUGCUCUUCAUCAAGGAUGUCAUCAGUGACGAGAUCUGCUGCUGGUCCUUCUAUGGCCAGGGUCCUAAGCUGGCAGAGGUGUGCUGCACCUCCAUCGUGUAUGCCACAGAGAAGAAGCAGACCAAGGUGGAAUUUCCAGAGGCCCGAAUCUAUGAGGAGACACUCAAUGUCCUACUCUAUGAGACCCCCCAAGUCCCUGACAACUCCUUGUUGGAGGCCACGAGCCGGAGCCGCAGCCAGGCUUCCCCCAGUGAAGAUGAGGAAGCCUAUGAACUGCGGGAUCGUGUGCGCCGCAUCCACGUCAAGCGCUAUAGCACCCACGAUGACCGGCAGCUCGACCACCAAUCUGCACAUCGUGACUGA